GUAAAGCAGCAGCAACGUGGCGCGGAGGCUGGCAAGCAGCCAGCAAUGUCGGUGCCAUGGCUGCAGAAGCACUCCAAGGUCUCACAGUGCAAGCUGUGGAAGGAGCUCGGCAGCGGAGAGGGCUCUGGACAGCUGGUCGCGUCCCUGGCUGCCGUGGCCGCAUGGUUUCAGGAGUGGAAGGAGUCAGCCAGUCAUGACACCUUGCAUGCCUACAUUCGCCACCUCUCCUUGACGGCAGAGCCCCCAACGCAUCCUCGCGUGCAGCGCACCAUUUUGCGCCUCCUGCGUCUCGCGGCCCGGCGCCGCAGUGCGGGGAGCGACUGGGAGGCGCUGCUGACGCAGCUGGACACGCGACUGCUUGAGCCAAUCUUACCACAGAUCCUGGCCUACAUGAACAGUCCGGACGAUGUCUCUGGCAUGAGCACGACGGCGGCAGGCCUUUUCGCUCGGGUGGCGACGGCAUCCCCACACACAGCGCUGUUUCCGGCUUUGGCUGCCCAGCCACCUCGGGGGCUCUCCACCGUCAUGCCGGGUGCAGCCCAGGCGAGGGAGAUCGUGGCGAAGCUACAUCCAGAGCUUCUUCCCACGGCGGAGCUCUUUGCCACGUCGUUGAAUGCCAUGGCCAUUCCCAUCGAUGAGGUCGCUCUGCGGCUGGUGCACCUCGCUGAGAGCUUCCUGGCAAGUCGGCCACCGGAGCAAGUCGUGGACGCGGCAGGGAUGAUCUUGAGGCACUUCGCUUCGCUCCUGGAUCUUCUCGACUCCGGCGUGGGCGAGGAGUGCUGCUUCCGCAGCAUUCUGCCUGCCAGCGAAGAUGAUGAAGUGCUGGCCUUCAUGGGCUGCGUGCCCUGCCUGACCACGGCGUAUGCGCGGAGGUUCCUGUCUCUGUUCUUGCCGCCUUUCCGACGGCUGCUCUUCUUGCACCGGCCGUACUUGGCGAACAUGCCGCAGUCCAGCUCCGCGCGGACAGAGCUGACAAGGAGCCUCCUCUCACACCUUCGCCUUCUGCAGCGCACCUGCAGUCAUUUCGCCCGAGCUAGUUCUGUGCCGCUGGCAGAGCUGUCCCCUGCACUGCUGGGCAUGUUCCAGAACGAGUCCGGCAAAAGCGGUGCCGAUGUGGUCCUGCCCAUCCCGACGCAGGCGGGAACCGCUGAUCAAGGUGGUCUCAUGUCUCUUCGCCGCGCUUCUGGGACCGUGCAGAUGCUGUCUACGAAGACGAAGCCCAAGAAAUUGGACUUCGAAGCACAGGAUGGCUCCUGGCACAGCUUCCUCCUCAAAGGCGCGGAAAAGACCAACCAGCAGGAGGUUGAGACGGUCGCUGCAGAGGGCCUGGUUGCAAAGAAAGGAACCUCCGCCGAGACUUUGCAAUCCCGCAGUAUGCUCUCCGAGCCUUCGGACGUGUUCGCUCCCAUCGCGACAGCUCCCAUGUCCCCACGCUCGGAAUCGACGAGCGAGCGUGUGCCGUCACCGGCUCAGGCCAUUGACCCUCGCCGGCCCGCCCUCGGAGUCGACCAGGGUGUGCUUCGUGCCGUUCCCGUGCGGAAGUUACUUCGGCCGGGAAUGUGGAGACGGCGGGCCAUCAUCUCGCAACAGGAGGGCGACGAGCUCUACGGUCAGUCGAAGCCUGUGGAGGCUCUGGGGGCCUUCUUGUCUCACAACUGGGAAGCAGACGGCUCUUCGAAAGUGGUCGCGCUCACGCUGCAGACAUCCUGGCCCCUUCUGUUGGCGUGCUGGCUUUUGGUCGCAUGCGUCUUCUUCACACUUGGCUUGCUUGAGAUCCUUCCCAUGCCGUUUAUCAACG